AUGCAGUUUACUCUGUGUAAGCUGCGUACCCACCAAUGGUGUUUCCUGCUGUUCAAUGUUAUCCUUUUCCAUGCUCUUCUGUUUGGAGCUGACUUUGUUGAGGAGUACCUCCUCCAGCCCACACCAGGGAUCUACACUGAUGGUACAGUUGUGGAUGUGAGAGAAAAAGCAAGAAAACUUGAUCUGACCAACUCCAGAGACAAUGUCUCGCAGUACUACCCUAUUACUAACCCUGAUGAAUGCACAAACCACAACCUGUUCAUCCUUGUGCUUGUGUUCAGCUCUGUGCCUAAUAUUACUCAAAGGGAUGCAGUCAGAAAGACAUGGGCUAACCAAACUCAAGUCCAAGGCUUUCCAGUUAAAAUACUGUUCUUUUUGGCAUCAACCCAAACUUCUCAUGCACAAGAUAAUCUCAUGAAAGAGUCAAAAUUGUAUGGUGACAUAGUUCAAGGACAUGUAGUGUCAGGGGCAUCUCAUUGGAGCUCCACUGAAAAAAUAGUGCUAGGUCUACGUUGGGUUGUGGCUUACUGUCCUGUUGCACGCUUUGUUUUGCUGACCAACGAUAGAGUGUAUGUCAACAUUCAGGCCAUUGGAUUGUACCUACUUGGGCUUCACAGGCACCCAGAGGAUCUGUAUUUAGGGAGAGUGAUUCAGAGAGACUCUCCAGAUCGUGACCCUAACAGUCCUGGAUAUUUACCCCCAGCUUUAUAUCCCAAGAAGUUCCUUCCUGAAUAUUGUGACCAGGCCGCUUAUGUGCUGUCCCAGGACGUGGUGCGUAAAGUCUACAUUGCCUCGGCAGAAGUCCAUGCAGAAGUCCAUGCAGCUGUGCCUGCUGAUGUCUUUGUGGGACUCUGUGCACAGAAGGCUGGGGUGGCCCCAACACACAGUGCACGAUUCUCUGGAGAAAAACACAUCCAGUAUAACGCAUGCUGUUAUCGCUACCUGUUCAGCUCUGCUGGAAUGGAUAGCAAAGAACUAGAAAUAAUCUGGAAAGACAUGGAGCAAAAAUACAAAAAAUGUUCUCUGUUUAAAACCUACUCUGGCCUGGUCAUGUGCAAGGCUCUGACCUACUUACAUAAACUGUCUAACUCUUGGGAGUAA